AUGAGAAACAGGCGCCCGUCGAUCCUGACUCUCACUGCCUCCGAUCUGUUCGAUGGUAUUGAGCCCAAUGAGGUAUUUCCUGCUGCCAAGCCGAAGCCGAAGCAAGUGGAGGCAGAUCUCUGCGGGAUCGACGAGAUGCUGGACUCUACUAAGAGGAUACGAAAGAGCGGAAUGACCUUCUCCUCCAGCUCCACCACCAUCCGCGAACCAGUCAGGGUAGCUGGGCUUGACAAGUACAUGACAUUGACGACUUGGCACGGCUGCUUCCCGGUGUUUGCGGGCCGCAGCAAGCGCUCCAAGAAGCUGAGGAUGGAUGUAAGGAAAGCGGCCAGCGAUCCCAAGGCUCGGUCUGUGAUCAUCGUCGGGGAGAGCGGGCUAGAGAAGGACUCAGUAAGCACCUUCGUCCACGAGCUGGGAGACAAGCAGAAGGCACAUCACCUCUACAGGAUAUCGGGGACUUCUUCGACCUUCACUGAGAUCUUCGGCACGGCAGAGUAUCCGGGAGUCCUCGACAACGUUGCUGAGACUAGGCACGCGCUGUCCUUUGCCAACUUUGACAAGCUCCUCAAGACUGAGGAGGAAGCCCGGGAGUUCCUACACCUUCUGGAGACGAAGAAGUACUUCAGCCGGUUCCAUGGCGAAGAGCGGGUCUGUCAUGCGAGACUGAUCGCCACAAUCGACCAGGACGACGACCGCUUCAAGUCCAACGAGUUGCUCCAGAUCGCUGUGCCUUCGCUCCGGGGGAGAUCCGCAGACAUCGAUAUGAUCGCCAACGCAAAGUUGCAGAGGAUCGUUCGACGACGCGGCCUCCCUCACAUCUCCUUCUCCCCGGAGGCCAUGCACCGGCUCAAGACGUACUCCUGGCCCGGGAACCUGAGGGAGCUGGGCUCAGUGCUGGAGAGGGCGGUGUACCUCUUCGAGAACGACCGGUCCGAGCAUCCCUACAUCCCCUGGAAGAUCACGGCCGAGCACGCCAUCACCUCCACCUCGCACUACAACACUGAGUUCCUGCGGUACAACCUCCUCUCCAAGUUCCAGUCCCUCCAGGCCAUCACGCGCUCCCCUUGGGUCUUCGACGACUUCAUGAAGUACGUCGUCCCUCCCUCCUUCGCCCUCGUCCUCGCCAUCCUCUGGCUCGGCCCUCAGACGCGGGACGAAAACGCCGCACUUACCGUCUUCUGGACAUGGUGGUGGCCUGGGGCCCUUCUCUCCUACCCUCUCUUCAGCAGAGUCUGGUGCGCUGUCUGCCCCUUCAUGGCAUGCGGGGAGCUGGUACAGGCAGCCAAGAAGUCGCUGGGAGGGAAGCUGGGAGAAUGGCCGAGCAGCGCCAAGAAGUGGGGGCCCCCGUUCGCCUACGGCUUGUUCGCCGCGAUCCUCAUGUGGGAGGAACUGUGGAACCUGCCGGACAACGGGAGCCUGUCGGCCUGGCUUCUGGUGCUUAUCACGUCCGGAGCUGUGGUUGGAUCCCUGAGCUUUGAGAAGAGGAUAUGGUGCCGCCAUUUCUGCCCCAUCGGCGCCAUGAACGGGCUGUACAGCAAGAUGGCCCUGCUGGAGAUCAGGUCAUGGAAGGGAGUCUGCUCCGGCUGCACUGCGCAGAACUGCAUCCAGGGCAACCCGGUCGACAACAACCUGCCCGGGGCAGGAUGCCCACUAGACAGCUCGCCCAACAAGCUCGCCGACAAUGCUGAUUGUGUCAUGUGCUUCCGCUGCGUGAAGUCUUGCGAGAAAGGGUCCCCCGAGUUCAAUCUCCGUCCUCCAGGCAUCGACUUCGGAAUCCCCUUCCUCCUCCCCAUCCCCGGCACGGAGGUUCCCGCCAAGUACAAGACCAACCCAUGGCAAGCUGCCCUCCUCUUCCUCCUCCAGGGUGCCGUCUACGUUCACUUCAUCCCCCUCAUCCUCUCAGACGUCGGGCUGGGCGACUCGUCCAUCGCCUCCUCCCAGUUCGGAGACGGGCUGGACUUCGCCAUGCACAGCCUUGUUACUCUCCUCCUCCUCCUCUUCCCCGGAGCUCUCCUCUUCGGAGCGGACCAGCUGGGCAGGAAGCUGGAUGCGUCGGAGGUUGUCAAGAGGCUGUUCCCAGCACAGGUACAGGACGUCAUGCUCACAGACGCUCUGCGAAGGAACGACGUUGACGCCUUCGCCAUGGCGGCAGGAGGUACCGCGACCCUCCGACAGGCUCCUCCUCCCCGCCCGUCAGUGCAGGAGACCCUGAUGGAGGCAGCGAGGGCGCAGGAGGGAGAGGACGGCAGCAGCAGCAGCAGCAGCAGCGAUCCGUUCAACCAGCUGGUCCACGUGGCAUACGGCUACCUGCCCAUGGUCUGGACCUGCAACAUCGCGUUCUGGAUCAGCCGAGCGCUAGAGGAGGGAGGGACUAUCCUCCCCCGCGCCGUGAGCACUUUCGGGCUCAACCCCUCCAUGCAGGACUGGCUGCCCUACGUAGUGGCCGACGAGCACGUGGUGGAGUUUGUGCAGGGAGGCUUCAUCCUCUUCGGCCUGCCCUUCACCUACUUUCUCACCCAGAAGAUCUGCAGGGACUUCAACCUCGGCCCAGCUCAGCGCUCAGCUCACGCCCUCCUCCAGCUGUUCUUCGCCGCCAGUUUGUGGCACUGCAUGAUCCACUGA